UGAAAAAACGAAUUGCUUUAAAUUGAGGAGCUAUUUUUUUUCGACUGCGGGCUUUCCCUCAACGCACCACUGACAAUCAUGGAAGGAGAAACCGUAACAGAGACUGCGCCUCAGUUUGAUGCCUUUGAACACCCCAAGGAAUUGGAAUUGCAAGUAGCAGACGAAGGAGAUAACACUAAUGUCAACACUAAAGAGGCUGACAAUGAAGAAGAAGAGGAGGACGAAGAAGAGGAAGAAGAUGAAGAAGAAGAAGAUGGAAGCGGAGAGUAUAAAUUCCGAUUCGGGGCAGAAAUGGAUCCUUUGGCAUUUACUGAAGAUGAUGCCUCUGGACUCCAGCCAUACCAACAGUUUGAGCGCCUCGAGCACCAAUAUGAAGCUUUGGCUGCCAAAAAGCGCAAAGCUCGUGCCCUUCUUCCUUCUCCCAGUGAGGUCCCAUCGAAGAAACUUAGGCUAGAAGACAGUCAAGUGGAUGGUCCUGGAGCAAGUUUUGACGAAAUAUUGGAAGCUAUGAAUUUUGGGAUGAGGAAAAGAUCAAGGAAGCUCAAGAAGAGAGGUCGGCGAAAGGGAACAAAGAAUAAAGUCAGUUCAGAAUUGAAAAGAAAACUUGGUGAUGCCACUCUUCAUUAUGCACACGGCCGUUAUGAGGAGGCCAUACGUGUGUUGAGUGAAGUCAUUCGUCUUUCACCAAACCUUCCUGAUCCAUACCAUACACUUGGCCUAAUUUACAAUGCUAUCGGCGAUAAGAAGAGAGCUAUGGACUUCUACAUGCUUGCAGCACAUCUUGCACCGAAGGAUGCGUCUCUUUGGAAGCUCCUGGUCGAUUGGUCCAUAGAGCAGGGAGAUAGGGGACAGGCCAGGUAUUGCCUUUCCAAAGCAAUAACAGCAGAUCCUGAUGACAUUAGUCUUAGGUAUCACCGGGCUUCAAUAUACAUUGAGCUUGGAGAUUAUCAGAAAGCUGCAGAGUCAUACGAGCAAAUUGCUCGUCGAUGCCCUAAUGAUGUUGAAGUGCUUAGAACAGCUGCUCAGUUGUACAGAAAAUGUGGCGAAGCUGAGCGCUCUGUUAGUAUCCUGGAAGACUACCUGAAAAAUCAUCCAAAUGAAGCUGAUUUAAGUGUGAUACAUCUGUUAGCUGUGAUGCACAUGGAAGACAAUGCACACUUAAAAGCUCUUGAUCUAAUUGAGUGUGCAAAGCAGAGAUAUUUUACUGGGAAAUGGAUGCCUCUUAAUUUAAGUAUCAAAGCUGGAAUAUGUCAUUUACAUCUUGGUCAUAUGGAGGAGGCAGAGAUUAUUUUCAGUGCUCUACAACAAGAAAAUGCAUCUCAACAUCCUGACAUAGUCACUGAGGUUGCGGACUCACUUAUGACCCUUGAACACUAUGAAUCUGCUUUGAAGUACUAUAUGAUGCUUGAAGGAGAUGACGUCAAGAAUAAAGGCUAUUUACACUUAAAAAUUGCCGAGUGUUAUGUGUUUUUGAGGGAAAGAGUACAAGCAAUUGAUUACUUCCAUAAAGCUGUAAAUGAACUUGAGGAUAGUGUUGAUGCUCGAUUAACUUUGUCCUCGAUCCUCCUUGAAGAAGGCAAAGAUGAUGAAGCAGUUUUUGUGCUUUCCCCUCCAAAAGCAUCAGAAUCUUCAGUUGACUCAAGUUCUGAUGAACCAAAAUCAUGGUGGCUUAAUAGCAAGAUAAAGCUGAAGCUUUGUCAAAUUUAUAGAGCUAAAGGGUCACUAGAGGCCUGUGUGGAUGUUAUUUUUCCUUUGAUUCGUGAGACAUUGUUUCUUGAGUCUGUACAACAAAAGGUUAAAGUGCGGAAAAGGCUGUCUAAAAGUGUUCUAUUUCAAAGAAUCAAGGUUGUGGAUGAUCACCAAACUGAUACCGUCUUUCAUGGCUUUAGGCCUUUAGCUUUGGCUUCUGAUCUGUCAAAAGCUGCAAGAGCCAGAAAAUUACUUCAGAAGAAAGAAAUGUUAAAGGAAGCAAAAAAAGCUGCAGCUUUGGCUGCUGGAGCUGACUGGAAAAGUGACGAUUCGGACAGCGAGUCUCCUGGGCAUGCAUACCGAGAGCCUCCACUACCAGAUCUUCUAAAAGACGAGGAGCACCUGUGUCUCAUCAUAGAUUUGUGCAAGGUGUUAAUAUCCUUGCAACGGUAUUGGGAUGCACUGGAGAUCAUUAAUCUCUGUCUUAAAUUGGCAUCCGGCACGUUGUCUGUUGAGAAGAAAGGGGAGCUGCAAGCUCUAGGAGCUCAAGUAGGAUAUAACAUUGCUGAUCCCACCCGUGGGUUCGAUUGUGCUCGUUAUAUUGUCAGUCAGCAUCCUUAUAGCUUUGCAGCAUGGAAUUGCUACUACAAAGUAAUAUCAAGACUGGAUAUUCGGUAUUCAAAACAUAACAAGUUCUUGCAUAAUAUGCGUACCAAACACAAAGAUUGCGUACCACCAAUUAUUAUUGCUGGACACCAGUUUACCACGAUCAGCCAGCAUCAAGCAGCGGCUAGAGAAUAUUUAGAAGCCUAUAAGCUGAUGACAGAUAAUCAAUUGAUAAAUCUCUGUGCGGGAACCGCGUUAAUAAAUGUAGCUCUUGGAUUCAGACUUCAUAACAAGCAUCAGUGUAUACUACAGGGAAUGGCUUUCCUGUAUAAUAAUUUGAAGCUUUCAGGAAACAGACAGGAAGCAAUGUACAAUAUUGGUCGAGCAUAUCAUCAUGUUGGUCUUGUUUCUCUAGCUGCCAUAUAUUAUCAAAGGGUACUUGACACUCACGAAAAUGAUUAUCCCAUCCCAAAGCUUCCUAAUGAGAACCCAGAUCUUGCCGAAAACAGAAAACCAGGUUACUGUGAUCUUCGCAGAGAAGCAGCAUACAACUUGCACUUGAUUUACAAAAAGAGUGGAGCAUUUGACCUGGCAAGACAAAUACUGAAAGAUUAUUGUACCCUAUGAUAAUGAUAAUGUGCUAUAGUUUUCUUGAAGAUGUGAGUUAUUUGUAGCAAGAACUACUGAACUCCUUUUUCACACAACCACUAACUCUUUCUGUAAGAUGGCAGUGGUUUUACUUAUGCCCAUCAUGCUUUACCUGUGCACGGAAUCUGUUGAUAUAGGAUUGAAGUGUUAUAUAGCGACUGAAAUUCUAUUAAGAAUGCUUGGUGUCGUGACGAAGGCAAAAUGUGAAAUCAACAGUGAACAGACUAACAUAAGGUUUGUGUCUUUGUGGGAACUUGGCACCUAAAUAUGUCAAUGGUAGGUGGGAAAGAGGUGUUGCGUGUUU